AAGUCAGACUGCUCCAUUCAGUUCACAUCGCAGUGUAAUCUGAAGAAGCCAUCCUUGUGUAACCAUGCUGUCUGCUGCCGAGAAAGCCCUCAUUUCCUCCAUCUGGCAGAAGGCUGCCCCCAACUCUGACCAGCUGGGUUUUGAAGCCUUGGAAAGGAUGCUCACCGUGUUUCCUCAAACCAAGACCUACUUCAAGCACAUGGACCUGAGCGUGGGCUCCGCUGACAUCCACAAACACGGAGCAAAGGUGAUUCAGGCCAUCGGAGAGGCGGCCCUCGACAUCGACAACAUGGCCUCAUCCUUGAGCAAGCUGAGCAGUCUGCAUGCCUACAACCUGAGAGUGGACCCCGUCAACUUCUCGUUCUUGAGCCAAAGCGUCCUGGUUGUCUUGGCCAUCCACCUGUCUGAGGACUUCACCCCAGAAGCCCAUGCCGCCUUUGACAAGUUCCUCGCCGCCGUGGCUGCCAUCCUGUCGGAGAAAUAUCGGUAAAAACACUUCUGGGUACCAAGAAGGAGCGACUGUGGAGAGUCUACGUCCAUUCUAUCUGGGGCAAAAGAUCUUCAUUUCCAUUGAUGGCUUCGAGCUUCUUUUUUCUACUUGUAGAAUUGUAUUUUUGUUAAUAAUGUAAAGAAUACAUUUUCCCUGAAUGCAAAUGCAAGUUACUCCUGUGCAGUCUGUGCUUGUAAU